CUUCGAACGACUCUAAAUUCAAACGCUUUAGAGUUCGAACAGCGUUUAUUACAAAUAGAAAGGAAUUUAGGCCCUGUAUUAUGUUGUAACUUUGAUAGUUAGGUUUGUUUGUUAAUUAAGUUACAGCAACACAACACUUGGGCGAUCUACCUAGAGAGGGGAUGCCUUCCGGGAGGUCUUUUUAAGGAAAAUUGGCCCCUAUUUAGGAGUUACAGACGUGGAGAAAACACGGAAAACUCCACGUGGCCAGCCCACGACCGAAUUUCCAGUGUUCAGGGUACGAAGACCGCUUGGCCACUGGUGGGCGAAUCCGGACGAUCGAACAACCCGAAAAAACUCUUCGGUGUGACCCGUUUCGAAUAUUUCGGGUCCGUAUCUCAUCAUUGUAAGACUGGCCGAGAGUACGACGUUUCUUAUAAAAGAUCUUGUUAGUUCCCACAGGAAAAAUAGAAUAAAAAAUAUUAAUAAAUUAAAAUUUGCAAGUAUAAUUGAAGUAAGUGCAAUAGUAAGUAAUUUCUCUGAAUUACGAGAAGGAUAUAAGUCAUUACGCAAUGCGACUAUGUAGUUGUAAGAUAGCAAGUAUCUAGAGGAAAUAUAUAUAUAUAUAUAUAAAUCAUUCGCUUUUAAUCGUUAUUUAUACCUUUAUACGUGUUGUUGAACUACAUACAGUUAAAAAUAUGAAUAUUAAAUUAGCCAGCACAAUUAUUUUAAUACUUUGCAUGUAUUCGGAUGCUCAAGGGGUAGACUGUAAUCUACCUUCAGAAACUGGACCGUGUAAAGCAGCCUUUCGUCAAUAUUAUCAUAAUAGUGAAAGUGGAAACUGCGAAAUUUUCAUUUAUGGUGGUUGUCGUGGGAACAGCAACAGAUUUGUCAGUUUAGAAGAGUGUUGUAGUCAUUGUUCUGCAAAAAACUGUUAGUUAAUGUGAAUGAAAUUUAUCAAGAUGAUUAAUGUUAUAUUUAUUUGUUAGAAACAAAUAAGUAUUUUAUGACGUUCACAAUUUAUUACUUGUUAUAAUUAUAAUAAAUCUAAAAAUGAAAUUAUAUUGAAAUGUAUU